AUGAUACGCACUAGUAUCGGUGCGAAGCUUCUGGGCGCCGCUACGCGCCGAUUCGCGCCAUCUCGAGCAGCUACUCGGCGUUUCCAUGCCUCAUCGCUGACCCAACAGCAGCUCGGAUGCUUUACAGCUGUCGACACGUCCUGGGAGUGGAUGAAGGACCCCGAGAACCCUCGCUUGCAACGCUUCCUCAAGCUGGAGCGAAAUUAUCUGGCAAACCAACUCUCCAAGCCAAAGUUUCGUAAGGUGGAGCGUGCAUUCAACGUAGAACUCGGAAAUCGCCUCUUGCGCGAAGACUUCAGCAUCCCCGAGUGCAUCGGCAAGCACGAGUACUUCAUGCGGCAAGCACCAGGUGAAAACUUUCCUGUUUACUACCGUCGACUUCGAAAGGCCGAAUCAGAUGCAACGGCGACUUCAGCGAAAGAGGAAAUUGUGCUAAACCAGAACGUGGAGCCUUCACUUACCCACGGGUUUCAGUUCGUAUCGGGCAUGAAAAUCUCCCCUGAUGCAACGCAACUGUUGCUUGUCAUGGAGAACGACCACGAACAGUGUCGAGCGGUGCUGAGGGACUUAAAGUCGGGGACAUUGCACGCUCUGGCAAACGUCACAGGCAUCAAGAACGUCGAGUGGAGCUCAGCCCCGCCGCCGAAACGAGUUUUCUACUAUACCAAGGUGGACGCACACGGACGGCCAUUUGCAGUGUACAGAUACAACUUGGCAACUCAUGCGCAAGAACUGAUUUACGAGGAGCAGGACGAGGCUUUCUUCGUGGAUGUAUCGCAGACCAAGGACGCGCGGUUUGUGCUUAUCAAUUGCAACUCCAAGAACACAUCCGAAAUCUACGCGUUGGACGGCCAACACAUCGACGCACAGCCUCAACUGUUGCGUAAACGCGAGGCUGGCACUUUGUAUUUCGCAGACCACGCUGCAGGACAGUUUUUCAUUGUCACGAAUGCUGAUGGCGCGCUAAACUACAAGAUCGCAACGUGUCAAGGGAAUUCAGAUGCGAAAUCGUCGAUUGGCCAAUGGGAAACGCUCGUUCCUGAGCAUGAAGACGUGAAAAUCGAGGAUGUGGAUCUGUUUGAGAACUACCUGGUGCUCUAUGAGCGCGUGCACAGUGUUCCUCGUAUUCGGGUGUGCACUCUGGGCGAACAGAAUGAUGACACUCCCCAUUACAUUCCGUUGCCCAAGGAACACGAGAUUUGUCGAGUUUCUCCUGGAGUUAACCGCGAUUAUGAUGCACACCGCGUACGCUUCCAAGUGUCCACACCUCUAGUCCCAGAGAUCGUGUACGAUUACGAUAUGAAGAACCGAAAGUUACAUGUCCUCAAAGAGACAGAGCUGACUGAUCGCUCGCUGGAUAUUAAGCGCCACACUGGCAAGACCACAAAGUCAUCUUUUGAUCCGGAGCAGUACAUUUGCCAACGAUGCUACGUGCCUAGUAUGAGUAGUCUGGGUGUCAAAAUCCCACUGACACUCAUCCACCGUCGCGAUAUCACACUGAAUGGGCAGAAUCCAACGCUCUUGAUCGGAUAUGGGGCGUACGGAACCAACCUUGAGGCUGAUUUCGAGCUGGAACAUUUGAGUUUAUUGGAGCGUGGCUGGGUCAUUGCACUGGCUCACGUACGUGGUGGCGGCGAGCUAGGUUUGCAAUGGUAUCAGGCCGGCAAGGGCAUGGAGAAGCGACACACUUUCGAUGACUACGUAUCGUGUACGCAUCACUUACUUGACGUAGGGUUUACAAGCCCCAAACGACUCGCUGGAAAGGGAGUGAGUGCUGGUGGGCUUAUCAUGGGGUACGUGGCCAACGAGUACCCGCAGCUGUACCAGGCUUUGAUCAUGAAGGUGCCGUUCGUCGAUAUUUUUGGUACUAUGCAAGACCCGACUUUGCCGCUGACAGUUCACGAAUACGACGAGUGGGGCGAUCCAACUGGACCGAAAGUUCGCGAGUACAUUCAAUCCUAUGCGCCGUGUGAAAAUGUACGCGAGAAUCAGGUGUAUCCCGCCAUGUUCGUGACUGGUAGUCUGAAUGACCAGAGAGUGCAGUUCUGGGAACCUGCCAAGUGGAUGUACAAGAUGCGUAAAGUGCAGGCUUCGUUGCCAAAGCGCGACAAGCGUCUCAUGCUGCUGAAAAUGACUGAAGACGAGGGGCAUUUCGGCGGCGGUGGGCGUCUGGAACAGUUGGAGGAGAGCGCCAUGGAGAUUGCGUUCCUAUAUCAAGCACUGAACUUACCGUUUCCGCAAAAAUAA